UAGGUUUGGUUCACAUGGACGUGGUGUCUUUAAAUCGCUAUCGUGAAACAAGCUCAUUAUUUUGGGUCAUGUGAGCGAUAUAGGUAUAGAAAAUUCGUAUACCUAUAAAUACGCGUGAUUGACUGGAGCGCGUGUACGAUAACAUAUCGAUUAUUGUAUUUUAUCUAAGAUUUUUCGAUAUGAAAUGUGUCGCGUGUAGCCACGUAAAAAAAUUAAACACGGUUUAUUUCAACCAAGAUAACUAUACAGUGAAUUACAUCAAAAGAUUUAUAAUACGAUAUUGCCACAAGAUGAAAAGGUCAGGAAAAAUAACGGAUUUGUUCCAAUUAAGAACAAAUAAAUUACCUAAGAAAACUGAUACUGACAACAUAGGAAAUAUCAAAAGCGUCGAAAAUGAAAAUGUAGCUUCUACAUCAAUAAAUUUCAAUUCUCAAGACAUUGGUGCGUAUAUAAACUUAAGAGAAAAAAAUAUAGUUUUAAAUGAUUUGAAACGUGAACAAUUACUUACAUCUCCAUGGGUCCCCCAGAGUGGAUAUGUAUUUCCUAUAGACAAUACCAAUAAACGAAAUUUACGUUUUCAAAUGAGUUGGAUAAAAAGAUUUUCAUGGUUGGUGUAUUCUGAAAUAGAAAAUGGUGCUCUAUGUAAGUUUUGUGUUCUGUUUUCUAAUUCUGAUACAGGUAAAGGUAGUCACGAAAAAACAAAAAAUUUUGUGACACAGCCAUUUAAAAAAUGGAAAAAUGCGAUAGAGAAAUUGAAUGAUCAUGAAAAUUGCCAAUAUCAUAAAUUAUCUAAAGAACGCGCAGAAUAUUUUUUGUCAGUAAAUUAUCGAAAGCAAAAAUCUGUUAUUGAAAUUUUAAACUCUGAACAAGCCCGUCAGGCUUCGGAAAAUAGAAAAAAACUAUGUUCAAUAGUUGAAACAAUUAUUCUAUGUGGUCGAUUAGAAAUGUCUUUAAGGGGAAAAAAUGAUUCAGGACGUAUAAAUGUAGAUAAAGAAGGGGAAACUGGUGGUAAAUUUCGUGAACUUCUCAAAUUUAGAGUGAAAGCUGGAGAUGAAAUCUUAAAAAAACAUUUAACUGAAGGGAGUUUAAAUGCACAAUUUACAAGUGCUAAAAUACAAAAUCAAUUAAUAAAUAUUUGUAAUGAUAUUAUAUCAGAAAAAAUAGUUGAGAAAGUUAACCGGGCUAAGAUAUUUUCAAUUAUGGCAGAUGAAACUACUGACAUCUCUCAACAAGAACAAAUGUCUCUAUGUAUCCGUUACAUUGAUCCUGAUUUGACGUACCCUUUAAUCCGGGAAGAUUUUUUAAAGUUUGUAGUUGUUUCUGAUUUAAGUGGCCAAGGUUUAGCGACAACUAUAAUUGAAAAUUUACAAUCGGCUGGUAUUAACUUAGACUUUUUAAUUGGCCAGGGUUAUGAUGGCGCGGCUUCUAUGAGUGGUCAUUUGAAUGGUGCUCAAGCUGUAAUACGUAAAAAAUAUCCGAAGGCAUUAUUUGUUCAUUGCAGUGCGCAUUCUCUUAAUCUCGCAAUCAAUGAUGCUUGUAAGAUAACUGUUGUCAGAAAUACUAUGGGUAGUGUAUCGUCAGUUUGUAAUUUUUUUCGAGGAUUAGCUCAACGCACUGACGUUUUAAAAAAGCAUGUGAUUAAUCAUUUUCCAAGUAGUAGACAUACAGUACUUUUAUCGAUGUGUGAAACGAGAUGGAUAUUAAGACACGAUGCUAUUAAUCGCUUUAAAGAAAUGUACAUUCCAAUAAUUCAUGCGUUAGAAGAUCUCCAAAAAUCAAUUAAUACCGAAACUUCCAAUAAAGCUUAUCAACUCCUUUCAGUAAUAUUAAAUGGCCAAUUUUUUAUUACUUUAAGCAUAAUAGAAAAAGUAUUUGCUUAUACAUUACCACUAUGUUAUAACUUACAAACUGUGAAUUCCGAUUUAACUGCUGCAUGUGAUCAUGUUCAAAAUAUAAUUGAUGCUCUUAGUAACCUUCGUGAAAACAGUGAUUCCAAUUUUAAAUUAAUAUAUGAUAAAUGUAAUCAAAUACUUAUUGAUGUAGGUAGUGAAGUGACAAUUCCUCGCUGUGUAAAAAAACAAACAAACCGGGAUAAUACUCCUUCACAAUCGCCUGAAGAGUAUUACAGACGCACAAUAUUUAAUUCAUUUUUAGACCAUACCAUUGUUCAUUUAUCAGACCGUUUUAUAAAACAUAAACAAAUAAUAACCGACUUAGAAAAAUUAAUUCCAAGUCGUAUUAAUGUAAAUUCACUAGAUCUAUCAAAAGAUACUAUAAUCUUUUAUGAAAGUUUAUUGCCAGAUUCUACAGUAUUUAAUGAAGAAUUCUCCACAUGGAAAUUAAAAUGGUUAAAAGAUAACAUUGAAAAAAAACCUUCAAAUGCAGUAGAGUCUUUAUUAGAAUGUGAUGAAAGAUUUUUCCCAAAUAUAAGAAAACUGUUGGAAAUAUUAGCAACUUUACCCGUGUCUACGGCAACUGCAGAAAGAACCUUUUCUACUUUACGGCGUCUCAAAACAUAUCUGCGCAACACAACUGGCGAAGAUCGGUUAACUGGGUUAGCUCUUCUUUCAAUUCAAAAAGAAAUUAACGUUGAUCCUAAUGAAGUGGUGAGAAGGUUCGCUUUAAUUCCUCGAAGACAAGGAUUUUUUUUUAUAUUAUCUAAUAACUAAUUAUAUAUAUAUAUAUCGAAAAAUUAUUUAAAAUG